AUGUUUAGAAUAAUAAAUAGACCCUUAAUACUCAGAUCAAUACCAAAAUCAACAAUCCAAAUAUCUACAUUUCAUGCAACUCCAAUUUCAUGCGCUAGGAAACAGAAGGACAAAAAAGCAGGUAAUAAAGUAUCUAUUGAUUCAGAAGAUCAUAUAGUAGAAAUACCAACCAUAAAUUUCAACGACGUGACAUCAAAAUUCGAAAGUAUUAUAUCCAAAUUUACCAAGAUUUCAAAUGAGAUUAAAAUGGGUAAACUGAAUCCCAAAAUAUUCGACAACUUAAGUAUAAAUGAUGAAAUUUUCACCAACCUUGCAUCUACGUCAAUAAAAGGACGUAAUUAUAUAAUUACACUUUUUGAUCCAAGUGUCUCUAAGCAUGUUAUAAGUAGGAUCAUUGAAGAGUUUAAUAUGAGUGGUGUACUUGAUCCAAAUAAUAAAUUCCAAAUUAAAAUUCCAUUACCACCUAUAACUAAAGAAAGUAAAACUGCUGAUGUGAAGCACUUGAAGGAGGUGUUUGAGAAAUUUAAACAUAAUAAGACUAAUUCAUUGAAUGCGAUUAGAGGUGAUAUAAGGAACAAAUUCCAAGGUGCUUUGAAACAUCAUCAUGUUUCUGAUGUUGAAAAACGUCAAUUGGAUGAAUUGGAUAGAUUAUUAAGUACAUAUACUGAUAAAUUAACUGAGACUUUUAAAGCUGCUGAGAAGCAAAUAUUGAAAUAG